UGGAAUUCCAAGUAUGCAGUAUUCGAUCAGAACACAACGCCUCCGAUUUCUCCACAUACACUCCUUCGAAUAUUUUUGACAGUUGCUGAUUUACCGGCCAAUUCUUCUCUCUCCUCCCGCAAUAAAUAACGAACACAAUCGCAAAAGAUUCAACACUCGAUCGUAACAAUAAUCAGCCAUGGUCGAAGUACGGAAGGGCAGAGAAGCACGGCGCGAUGAAGAAGACAACAAUGCAGGGGAAAUAGUGGCAGAGGAGGAGGAAGAGGCGGCGGCGGCGGAAUAUGCUUUCCGGAAGACGGAUGUUCCGUCGUGGAAGGAGCAGCUGACGGCGAGAUCCAUGGUGACGAGCCUGGUUCUAAGCGUGGUGUUCAACUUCAUCGUCUGCAAACUGAACCUGACGACGGGGGUGAUUCCGUCGCUGAAUGUGGCGGCUGGGCUGCUGGCCUUCUCCAUGAUCAAGUCCUGGACGGCGGUUCUUCACCGGAUCGGAUUCCUCGGCCGGCCAUUUACCCGGCAGGAGAACACCGUCGUCCAGACCUGCGUCGUUGCUUCCUCCGGCAUCGCCUUCAGCAGUGGAACAGCAAGCUACAUGUUAGCGAUGAUCCCAAGAAUAGCUAAUCAAGCAGAAAUAGGGAACACUCCCAAUAAUGUGAAGAACCUUUCUAUUGGGUGGAUGAUUGCAUUCCUUUUUGUUGUCAGCUUCGUUGGCCUCUUCUCAAUCGUCCUCUUCAGGAAGAUGAUGGUGCUGAAGUUCAAACUCACAUACCCAAGUGGAACUGCAACGGCUUACCUUAUCAAUAGUUUCCACACCCCAAAAGGAGCUAAACUAGCAAAGAGACAAGUGGGGACUCUGUUCAAGACCUUUUCGUUUAGCUUUCUAUUCGCAGGUUUCCAGUGGUUUUUUGCUGGCGGAGAUGAUUGUGGCUUUGCCAGUUUCCCUACUUUUGGUUUCCAAGCGUAUGCUAAAAGGUUCUACUUUGAUUUUUCGUCAACAUAUGUUGGGGUGGGGAUGCUUUGCCCCGCAAUGGUAAAUGUGUCGUUGCUGAUAGGAGCGAUAAUAUCAUGGGGAAUAAUGUGGCCAAUGAUUGAGGCAAAGAAGGGCGUGUGGUACUCAGCUGAUGUGCCUGCUUCCAGCCUUCAUGGCAUCCAAGGAUACCGGGUCUUCCUUGCCAUUGCCAUGAUGCUAGGCGAUGGGCUUUUCCACUUUGUUUACAUGAUCAUAACCACCACCCUAAGCUUGGCAAAGCGCAGCACCAAAAAAGAAGUAGAUGAUGACGACGACGACAGUGAUUAUGAUGAGAAAAUAAGGAAAGAGUACUUCUUGAAAGACUCCAUACCCAAAUGGGUAGGAAUAGGAGGCUACGUCGCCCUCGCCGCCAUCUCCAUUCUCGUCGUCCCUCUCAUCUUCCACCCUCUCAAAUGGUACCACAUCCUCGUCGCCUACGCCAUGGCCCCCGUCCUCGCCUUCUGCAACGCCUACGGCUGUGGCCUCACCGACUGGUCCCUCGCCUCCAACUAUGGCAAAGUCGCCAUCUUGGUUUUCAGCGCCUGGGUCGGCCUUAAUGGAGGCGGGGUCCUUGCGGGCCUCGCCUCCUGUGGCGUGAUGAUGAGCAUUGUCUCCACCGCCUCCGAUCUCAUGCAGGACUUCAAGACCGGGUACCUCACCCUGGCCUCGCCCCGGGCCAUGUUCUUCAGCCAGGUCAUCGGCACCGCCAUGGGCUGCGUCAUCACGCCGCUGGUCUUCUGGAUCUUCUACAAGGCCUACCCUCUCGGUGACCCCACCGGGUCCUACCCCGCCCCCUACGCGCUCAUGUACCGCGGCAUCGCCUUGCUCGGCGUCGAGGGUUUCGGCUCCCUCCCCCACAACUGCCUCCGCCUGGCCGUCGGGUUUUUCGUCGCGGCGGUCUUGGUCAAUGCCUUGGUGGAGGUGCUGAAGAAGUACGAGAAGAGGAUGGGGAUAUAUCGGUUCAUUCCUAGUCCUAUGUGCAUGGCCAUCCCGUUCUACCUCGGGGGAUACUUCGCCAUUGAUAUGUGUGUCGGCAGCUUGAUUCUGUUUCUGUGGCGGAUGUCUGACCGGCAGAAGGCGAGGGACUUUGGGCCGGCGGUGGCGUCGGGGCUUAUCUGCGGCGAGUCGUUGUGGGGAAUCCCGGCAGCUGUGCUGGCUUUGGCCGGCGCUAAAGCGCCCAUCUGCAUGAAGUUCGUCUCUUCUUCUUCUUCCUAGCUAGUUUACGUUGUUUAGCUUUUUGUUAUGGUGUUUUUAGCUUGAUUAGUUAGUUAUUCCAAUAUUAUAUCGGUGCUAAGCUUGUAGAAAGUUUUUGCGUCUUUGGAUUAGACGAUGUUUCUAUUUACUCAUACGGACCCACAAAGAUUUGCCAUUUGGAGUUUUUAGCCAAACGAGUUAGAUGUUGACUAAUGUGUUUUUGCUGACUAUGUCCCCCUAAAAAAUCAUUUGUUU